AUGUUCGAACAGUUCUUAACUCCAGACCAAAUCUUGGGGAAGGCGUUGAAAAGCGUGCUCCAGGACCUCUGCAACGCUCGACUUGGAACGGAAGAGCUGGCGCUUAUAAGCGAACACGUUCCCGAGGAUGAUAUAUCUCCCGAUGAAUGCAAAGUCAUUCCAGACCCGACCGUGUCUUCCCCGACCACGACUCCGGACGACGUACCAACAGCCGAUGCGCCACCAGGCCAACACCACCUCAUUGCCGCCCCGGACGACCAGCGGAGUCCGAGCAGCGGCAAAAAACGGAAGGGACCGACCAUCGUCUUCGAAGCUCAAGGGAAGAAAAUGAAGUUCGACGACGAGGAGCUGAAUGACGACCAACUCGUUUACCAACCACCUGGGGAAGCCUCUGCUACACCAAGCGGCCAACAUGAUCAACAGCCGAAUGACCAACAGGAACCUAUUAUCCGCGGAUCGGACGAGUCCAAGGUGGCGCAAGACACAGUUGCCACAUUUGGUCGCAUGUGCUACAAGUGUCCUCUGUUCUUCGAGGACUGGUUGAUUGAGAACAUCAGUAAAAGAGCGAGGGAGGACCCCCACUACUGUCACGCCUACGUGUAUGACCUGAAGGAUAAGGGCCUGUUGUGCAGCGUGGAGGUUGAUGGCUCGCCCACAAUUCGCCUCCUUGCGGUCACUUCUCUGUUGCGGCCAGUUUGGACGCACUCACUGGCGGUCCAGUGCCGCAGUCUGCGACAGUCGCUGCUUCCGACGCCGGCGCAAAAGCGAGAUCCCAACUACAAACCUUUAACUGGCAGCGACCUUAAGGAGAUGCUGAGCUUGCUGGAAGAUAAAGCCGCCCGAGGUCAUCGCGUAAUCGCCAAGUCCUACCCCGAAUUAACCAGGGCACUCGGCAAGGUCCACUCUGACGUGCAGCAACUCGUAUUUGCAGCCAGCGUCAUCCGAACCAGUCCCCAAGGACUCAAGCUCUCACAUCCCUCUCUCGGACGCGUAGCCGCCUCUAUCAGAAAGGGGGCCUCCGCAGUCAAAACCGUCUUGCGCAAAGCACCCAACCAACAACUACUCACCAAAGUCGUUGCCCGAAAGAUCGCCAAACUCUGCUCUGAAACACCACCGCAAUGGUCCAUAACACUAGCCGUGCUUCAGGGCAUCUGCAAACGGUUUGGGUAA